AUGUCUAUGUCGAAUCCCGUAAAUACGGGCGCUAUGGGUCUGGCGUCUUUCUUCCUGUGUGUAGGCAUACUUUACCGCGCUUCACAAUAUCGCAGGAUCGUACCCGUAGCACCACGGCACGUCCACGCCGCAUUCUCGCAAAAGAAGAUGGAGAUUAAAGCCCCAUUGGCUUAUACUCCAGACCAUUACCGCCCCGUCGCAGGGCGAAAGAUUUCCCCACCCACACGGCAAAUCCUAGGCUCGGCUCGGCUCGGCUCAGCGACCAAUGCUUGUCUUGGCGAUCCUCUCAAAAACCAGGAAUCGGGUAUUAUGUCUUUUGAGAAAGCCAGGAAAAAUAACCCGAUAUUAAUGAGAGGAACACUAGGUCUUCCCCAAGGACACGACAUUGAAUGGCUGUUACAGACGCGCUCCGCGAAGGCCGGGACGGAGCGGCGGGUCAAGACAAGGCUGGCAGCAAGGAUGAUCAUGGACGAUAGCGGCAUCUUCACCGAAGCCCCGGAUGAUCAAAGACCCGCCGGUUGA